AUGACCCAGCUAAGCCUAAUGAUGCUGAGUGCUUUUGAGAAUGCCCCAGGAGGAAAGUGGGCAAUAUCUGUGAAGAGAAGAGGGAGCAUCCCGCACUCACAGGGUGCUCUAGACCCUGGCACCCUGCUCGGAUUUCUAGGGAUCCUCUGCUUCUUCCCUGGCUUCUGGGCUCUCUGCAUUUAUUUGCCAGCUGGGGCUGAAGUGGGGGAGCCUAGAGGCUCCUGGGUGGAGCUGUCAGAUCCCAAUGUCCCUAUGGGCAGUGCCAAACAGCCCUGUUGGCCAAUCAAGGCAGCCUGCUGCUUCCAGGAGGCUGUGGCUCCAGCUGUGGGGGCUGUGGCUCCAGUUGCUGUGUGCCAGUUUGCUGCUGCAAGCCUGUCUGCUGUUCUGUGCCAGCCUGCUCCUGCUCCAGCUGUGGUGGAGGCAGCAAGGGAGGCUGUGGCUCCAGCUGUGGUGGAGGCUGCAAGGGAGGCUGUGGCUCCAGCUGUAGGAGCUGCUGCCAGUCCAGCUGUGGCUCUGGCUGUGGAGGCUGCUGCCAGUCCAGCUGUUGCUCUGGCUGUGGAGGCUGCUGUCAGUCCAGCUGUUGCAAGCCUGUCUGCUGCUGUGUGCCAGCUUGCUCCUGCUCCAGCUGUGGUGGACGUUGUGGGGGCUGCUCCCAGUCCAGCUGUUGCAAGCCUGUCUGCUGUUGUGUGCCAGCUUGCUCCUGCUCCGGCUGUGGUGGAGGCUGUGGGGGCUGCUCUCAGUCCAGCUGUUGCAAGCCUGUCUGCUGUUGUGUGCCAGCUUGCUCCUGCUCCGGCUGUGGUGGAGGCUGUGGGGGCUGCUGUCAGUCCAGCUGUUGCAAGCCUGUCUGCUGUUGUGUGCCAGCUUGCUCCUGCUCCGGCUGUGGUGGAGGCUGUGGGGGCUGCUCUCAGUCCAGCUGUUGCAAGCCUGUCUGCUGUUGCGUGCCAGCUUGCUCCUGCUCCGGCUGUGGUGGAGGCUGUGGCUCCAGCUGUGGAGGCUGUUGCUAGUCCAGCUGCUGCAAGCCCUGCUGCCGGCAGUCCAGCAGCUGUGUCCCUGUUUGCUGCCAGUUGCCAAACAGCCCCAUUGGCCAAUCAAGGCAGCCUGCUGCUUCCAGGUGAGUCAUGGCCACAAGGCCUGCCCCAACACGAUCCAAAGACUGAGCCAAUGGCAGCCAGGGCCCCAGUGUACAACAACAACCCACCAAGCCUACAGGGGCUUCUCCUGCAUCUGCAGGGCUUCAGAGAGGCUGUGGCUCCAGCUGUGGGGGCUGUGGCUCCAGUUGCUGUGUGCCAGUUUGCUGCUGCAAGCCUGUCUGCUGCUGUGUGCCAGCCUGCUCCUGCUCCAGCUGUGGUGGAGGCAGCAAGGGAGGCUGUGGCUCCAGCUGUGGUGGAGGCUGCAAGGGAGGCUGUGGCUCCAGCUGUGGUGGAGGCUGCAAGGGAGGCUGUGGCUCCAGCUGUAGGGGCUGCUGCCAGUCCAGCUGUGGCUCUGGCUGUGGAGGCUGCUGUCAGUCCAGCUGUGGUGGAGGCUGUGGGGGCUGCUGUCAGUCCAGCUGUUGCAAGCCUGUCUGCUGCUGUGUGCCAGCUUGCUCCUGCUCCAGCUGUGGUGGAGGCUGUGGGGGCUGCUCCCAGUCCAGCUGUUGCAAGCCUGUCUGCUGUUGUGUGCCAGCUUGCUCCUGCUCCGGCUGUGGUGGAGGCUGUGGGGGCUGCUCUCAGUCCAGCUGUUGCAAGCCUGUCUGCUGUUGUGUGCCAGCUUGCUCCUGCUCCAGCUGUGGUGGAGGCUGUGGGGGCUGCUCUCAGUCCAGCUGUUGCAAGCCUGUCUGCUGUUGUGUGCCAGCUUGCUCCUGCUCCGGCUGUGGUGGAGGCUGUGGCUCCAGCUGUGGAGGCUGUUGCUAGUCCAGCUGCUGCAAGCCCUGCUGCCGGCAGUCCAGCAGCUGCGUCCCUGUUUGCUGCCAGUUGCCAAACAGCCCCAUUGGCCAAUCAAGGCAGCCUGCUGCUUCCAGGUGAGUCAUGGCCACAAGGCCUGCCCCAACACGAUCCAAAGACUGAGCCAAUGGCAGCCAGGGCCCCAGUGUACAACAACAACCCACCAAGCCUACAGGGGCUUCUCCUGCAUCUGCAGGGCUUCAGAGUGAGGGGCAAUUCCUCCAAGCUCCCAGCACCAUGGGCUGCUCUGGCUGUUCAGGAGGCUGUGGCUCCAGCUGUGGGGGCUGUGGCUCCAGUUGCUGUGUGCCAGUUUGCUGCUGCAAGCCUGUCUGCUGCUGUGUGCCAGCCUGCUCCUGCUCCAGCUGUGGUGGAGGCAGCAAGGGAGGCUGUGGCUCCAGCUGUGGUGGAGGCUGCAAGGGAGGCUGUGGCUCCAGCUGUGGUGGAGGCUGCAAGGGAGGCUGUGGCUCCAGCUGUAGGGGCUGCUGCCAGUCCAGCUGUGGCUCUGGCUGUGGAGGCUGCUGUCAGUCCAGCUGUGGUGGAGGCUGUGGGGGCUGCUGUCAGUCCAGCUGUUGCAAGCCUGUCUGCUGCUGUGUGCCAGCUUGCUCCUGCUCCAGCUGUGGUGGAGGCUGUGGGGGCUGCUCCCAGUCCAGCUGUUGCAAGCCUGUCUGCUGUUGUGUGCCAGCUUGCUCCUGCUCCGGCUGUGGUGGAGGCUGUGGGGGCUGCUCUCAGUCCAGCUGUUGCAAGCCUGUCUGCUGUUGUGUGCCAGCUUGCUCCUGCUCCAGCUGUGGUGGAGGCUGUGGGGGCUGCUCUCAGUCCAGCUGUUGCAAGCCUGUCUGCUGUUGUGUGCCAGCUUGCUCCUGCUCCGGCUGUGGUGGAGGCUGUGGCUCCAGCUGUGGAGGCUGUUGCUAGUCCAGCUGCUGCAAGCCCUGCUGCCGGCAGUCCAGCAGCUGCAUCCCUGUUUGCUGCCAGUUGCCAAACAGCCCAUGUGGCCAAUCAAGGCAGCCUGCUGCUUCCAGGUGAGUCAUGGCCACAAGGCCUGCCCCAACACGAUCCAAAGACUGAGCCAAUGGCAGCCAGGGCCCCAGUGUACAACAACAACCCACCAAGCCUACAGGGGCUUCUCCUGCAUCUGCAGGGCUUCAGAGUGAGGGGCAAUUCCUCCAAGCUCCCAGCACCAUGGGCUGCUCUGGCUGUUCAGGAGGCUGUGGCUCCAGCUGUGGGGGCUGUGGCUCCAGUUGCUGUGUGCCAGUUUGCUGCUGCAAGCCUGUCUGCUGCUGUGUGCCAGCCUGCUCCUGCUCCAGCUGUGGUGGAGGCAGCAAGGGAGGCUGUGGCUCCAGCUGUGGUGGAGGCUGCAAGGGAGGCUGUGGCUCCAGCUGUGGUGGAGGCUGCAAGGGAGGCUGUGGCUCCAGCUGUAGGGGCUGCUGCCAGUCCAGCUGUGGCUCUGGCUGUGGAGGCUGCUGUCAGUCCAGCUGUGGUGGAGGCUGUGGGGGCUGCUGUCAGUCCAGCUGUUGCAAGCCUGUCUGCUGCUGUGUGCCAGCUUGCUCCUGCUCCAGCUGUGGUGGAGGCUGUGGGGGCUGCUCCCAGUCCAGCUGUUGCAAGCCUGUCUGCUGUUGUGUGCCAGCUUGCUCCUGCUCCGGCUGUGGUGGAGGCUGUGGGGGCUGCUCUCAGUCCAGCUGUUGCAAGCCUGUCUGCUGUUGUGUGCCAGCUUGCUCCUGCUCCAGCUGUGGUGGAGGCUGUGGGGGCUGCUCUCAGUCCAGCUGUUGCAAGCCUGUCUGCUGUUGUGUGCCAGCUUGCUCCUGCUCCGGCUGUGGUGGAGGCUGUGGGGGCUGCUCUCAGUCCAGCUGUUGCAAGCCUGUCUGCUGUUGUGUGCCAGCUUGCUCCUGCUCCGGCUGUGGUGGAGGCUGUGGCUCCAGCUGUGGAGGCUGUUGCUAGUCCAGCUGCUGCAAGCCCUGCUGCCGGCAGUCCAGCAGCUGCAUCCCUGUUUGCUGCCAGUUGCCAAACAGCCCCGUUGGCCAAUCAAGGCAGCCUGCUGCUUCCAGGUGAGUCAUGGCCACAAGGCCUGCCCCAACACGAUCCAAAGACUGAGCCAAUGGCAGCCAGGGCCCCAGUGUACAACAACAACCCACCAAGCCUACAGGGGCUUCUCCUGCAUCUGCAGGGCUUCAGAGUGAGGGGCAAUUCCUCCAAGCUCCCAGCACCAUGGGCUGCUCUGGCUGUUCAGGAGGCUGUGGCUCCAGCUGUGGGGGCUGUGGCUCCAGUUGCUGUGUGCCAGUUUGCUGCUGCAAGCCUGUCUGCUGCUGUGUGCCAGCCUGCUCCUGCUCCAGCUGUGGUGGAGGCAGCAAGGGAGGCUGUGGCUCCAGCUGUGGUGGAGGCUGCAAGGGAGGCUGUGGCUCCAGCUGUGGUGGAGGCUGCAAGGGAGGCUGUGGCUCCAGCUGUAGGGGCUGCUGCCAGUCCAGCUGUGGCUCUGGCUGUGGAGGCUGCUGUCAGUCCAGCUGUGGUGGAGGCUGUGGGGGCUGCUGUCAGUCCAGCUGUUGCAAGCCUGUCUGCUGCUGUGUGCCAGCUUGCUCCUGCUCCAGCUGUGGUGGAGGCUGUGGGGGCUGCUCCCAGUCCAGCUGUUGCAAGCCUGUCUGCUGUUGUGUGCCAGCUUGCUCCUGCUCCGGCUGUGGUGGAGGCUGUGGGGGCUGCUCUCAGUCCAGCUGUUGCAAGCCUGUCUGCUGUUGUGUGCCAGCUUGCUCCUGCUCCAGCUGUGGUGGAGGCUGUGGGGGCUGCUCUCAGUCCAGCUGUUGCAAGCCUGUCUGCUGUUGUGUGCCAGCUUGCUCCUGCUCCGGCUGUGGUGGAGGCUGUGGGGGCUGCUCUCAGUCCAGCUGUUGCAAGCCUGUCUGCUGUUGUGUGCCAGCUUGCUCCUGCUCCGGCUGUGGUGGAGGCUGUGGCUCCAGCUGUGGAGGCUGUUGCUAGUCCAGCUGCUGCAAGCCCUGCUGCCGGCAGUCCAGCAGCUGCGUCCCUGUUUGCUGCCAGUUGCCAAACAGCCCUGUUGGCCAAUCAAGGCAGCCUGCUGCUUCCAGGUGAGUCAUGGCCACAAGGCCUGCCCCAACACGAUCCAAAGACUGAGCCAAUGGCAGCCAGGGCCCCAGUGUACAACAACAACCCACCAAGCCUACAGGGGCUUCUCCUGCAUCUGCAGGGCUUCAGAGUGAGGGGCAAUUCCUCCAAGCUCCCAGCACCAUGGGCUGCUCUGGCUGUUCAGGAGGCUGUGGCUCCAGCUGUGGGGGCUGUGGCUCCAGUUGCUGUGUGCCAGUUUGCUGCUGCAAGCCUGUCUGCUGCUGUGUGCCAGCCUGCUCCUGCUCCAGCUGUGGUGGAGGCAGCAAGGGAGGCUGUGGCUCCAGCUGUGGUGGAGGCUGCAAGGGAGGCUGUGGCUCCAGCUGUGGUGGAGGCUGCAAGGGAGGCUGUGGCUCCAGCUGUAGGGGCUGCUGCCAGUCCAGCUGUGGCUCUGGCUGUGGAGGCUGCUGUCAGUCCAGCUGUGGUGGAGGCUGUGGGGGCUGCUGUCAGUCCAGCUGUUGCAAGCCUGUCUGCUGCUGUGUGCCAGCUUGCUCCUGCUCCAGCUGUGGUGGAGGCUGUGGGGGCUGCUCCCAGUCCAGCUGUUGCAAGCCUGUCUGCUGUUGUGUGCCAGCUUGCUCCUGCUCCGGCUGUGGUGGAGGCUGUGGGGGCUGCUCUCAGUCCAGCUGUUGCAAGCCUGUCUGCUGUUGUGUGCCAGCUUGCUCCUGCUCCAGCUGUGGUGGAGGCUGUGGGGGCUGCUGUCAGUCCAGCUGUUGCAAGCCUGUCUGCUGUUGUGUGCCAGCUUGCUCCUGCUCCGGCUGUGGUGGAGGCUGUGGGGGCUGCUCUCAGUCCAGCUGUUGCAAGCCUGUCUGCUGUUGUGUGCCAGCUUGCUCCUGCUCCGGCUGUGGUGGAGGCUGUGGCUCCAGCUGUGGAGGCUGUUGCUAGUCCAGCUGCUGCAAGCCCUGCUGCCGGCAGUCCAGCAGCUGCGUCCCUGUUUGCUGCCAGUUGCCAAACAGCCCUGUUGGCCAAUCAAGGCAGCCUGCUGCUUCCAGGGCUUCAGAGUGAGGGGCAAGUGAGCAUGUGCCCAGGCCUGUCCCUGCUGCUGCACGCAGAGGCUGUGGCUCCAGCUGUGGGGGCUGUGGCUCCAGUUGCUGUGUGCCAGUUUGCUGCUGCAAGCCUGUCUGCUGCUGUGUGCCAGCCUGCUCCUGCUCCAGCUGUGGUGGAGGCAGCAAGGGAGGCUGUGGCUCCAGCUGUGGUGGAGGCUGCAAGGGAGGCUGUGGCUCCAGCUGUGGUGGAGGCUGCAAGGGAGGCUGUGGCUCCAGCUGUAGGGGCUGCUGCCAGUCCAGCUGUGGCUCUGGCUGUGGAGGCUGCUGUCAGUCCAGCUGUGGUGGAGGCUGUGGGGGCUGCUGUCAGUCCAGCUGUUGCAAGCCUGUCUGCUGCUGUGUGCCAGCUUGCUCCUGCUCCAGCUGUGGUGGAGGCUGUGGGGGCUGCUCCCAGUCCAGCUGUUGCAAGCCUGUCUGCUGUUGUGUGCCAGCUUGCUCCUGCUCCGGCUGUGGUGGAGGCUGUGGGGGCUGCUCUCAGUCCAGCUGUUGCAAGCCUGUCUGCUGUUGUGUGCCAGCUUGCUCCUGCUCCGGCUGUGGUGGAGGCAGCAAGGGAGGCUGUGGCUCCAGCUGUGGUGGAGGCUGCAAGGGAGGCUGUGGCUCCAGCUGUGGUGGAGGCUGCAAGGGAGGCUGUGGCUCCAGCUGUGGUGGAGGCUGCAAGGGAGGCUGUGGCUCCAGCUGUGGUGGAGGCUGCAAGGGAGGCUGUGGCUCCAGUUGUGGGGGCUGCAAGGGAGGCUGUGGCUCCAGCUGUGGUGGAAGCUGCAAGGGAGGCUGUGGCUCCAGCUGUGGGGGCUGCUGCCAGGCUGGCUGUGGGGGCUGCUGUCAGUCCAGCUGUGGCUCUGGCUGUGGGGGCUGCUGUCAGUCCAGCUGUUGCAAGCCUGUCUGCUGUUGUGUGCCAGCUUGCUCCUGCUCCGGCUGUGGUGGAGGCUGUGGGGGCUGCUCUCAAUCCAAGUGUUGCAAGCCUGUCUGCUGCUGUGUGCCAGCUUGCUCCUGCUCCGGCUGUGGUGGAGGCUGUGGGGCCUGCUCUCAAUCCAAGUGUUGCAAGCCUGUCUGCUGCUGUGUGCCAGCUUGCUCCUGCUCCGGCUGUGGUGGAGGCUGUGGCUCCAGCUGUGGUGGAGGCUGUUGCCAGUCCAGCUGCUGCAAGCCCUGCUGCCAGCAGUCCAACUGCUGUGUCCCUGUUUGCUGCCAGUGUAAGAUCUGAAGCCCACCCCUUGAACUUCCCAUGA